AUGCAGUCUGAAACCCCAACGCCCUACAAGCCCUCCCCUCUGUCCUUCAACAGCCCACGCCAGUCGCCUUUCAGAAGACCAGGCUCCAUCAGAGGGAACUCACCGUCUACCCUACGACCAUCGACGCCCAACAGCUCCCCCCUCAAGCCAAAAGAGACGCCGACAUCUCCUGCACAUACGCCCAACCGCCUAUCCAUUGGAGGCAAUCCAUCGCAAAACCCGCCAUCAUGGCUAAACACACGGGGCACGACGGGCACCCCAGAGCCUACUUCACCGUCCCGCGGUCUUUCUCCUGCGCGCCAGGUCUCACCAACGCGAAAUGUAUCCUCGUCGUCACAGAUGACUGUGCGCCCUUUAAGCACGGCGUCCAUCGCAGCCAAGUUUGAGGGUGCUGGGAGGGACGACACACCACCUCCUCUCUUCAGCAGGAAAAAGUCACCGCCCGUUGAGAACAUCGAACCCAUCGAGAACGCCAAGCCAGCAGAGGACUACACACCAGUCGACGACUACACACCAGCCGAGACUUAUAAGCCAGUUGAGAGCUACAAGCCAGUAGAAAGUUACAAGCCCGUCGAAACCUACAAGCCUGUCGAAACCUACAAACCAGCCGAGACCUACAAAACAACCGAGACCUACAAGCCGGCAACCCGGCCAGCCCCCAUGCAACGCAUGGCUUCCAGCGACGCUCUCUCAAAGCUCCCCCCACCUCUCCUCCACAGCAUGCGCGAAUCCUUCAGCGUAAUGGACCGCGACGACGAUGGCCACGUCAACGCCGCAGAUGUCGCAGACAUGCUAUCCCAACUCGGUCUCUCCGCCACCCCAUCCCAACUCUCCACCUACUUCGCCGGCGCCCAAUCCAUCAACCUAGCCACCUACCUGACAACACUAUCCGACCUGCUCGGCAACCUCUCCCACCAAAACGAACUCACCGCUGCGUUCGAAGCCUUUGAUGAUAACGAUGAUGGGCAGAUUGAUCUUGCGGAGUUGAAGGACGCGCUGUUGCAUACUGCGCCUGAACAUGGGGAGAAGAAGUUGACGGAGCGGGAGAUUGACAUGGUCGUUGAGGGCUUCAGUGGACGAAGAGCUUUUGCCAAAGGAGGGAAGAGUCUGGGCAAUAGGACAGAGGUGUUUAGGUAUCAGGAGUUCUUGUCUAGUUUGACAGGUGGGAGUGGUAAUGGUGGGGAGAAUGGAGAGGCAGCACCGGCGUAG